GAGUGGCUAAGCAAGCGCGGGGCUUGUCGGGAGUAGUGGUGUACCUUUGGCAGCACCUGGUGAAGCUAGUCGGAGUACACAAGAGGCGAGCUUGUGGAACCUUACUGCGGUCCCUACAUCUGCAGGCUGCCCUCGUAACGGCAGACUUUAAUGUGAGAGUUUCAAAAGUAAAAGAACACGUGCUUGAAGAAUCAACUACUUCUAUGUGGCUUAUUAUUAAAAACAACUCACAUCUGCUUAUUACAAGUUUUGUUCUCAAGAAUACCGCCCAUCAGAGUUAGUGCUAUGGUGGACCAAAACAGGAGAGCCUUUAUCCCCUCACCUUGCGUAGGCCCAGGAAGGGUGUAAUGUUGGACAAGGUGUUUUUCCAUGCCAUUUGCAACAAAACGAACAUUGCAGAAGUGGUGUCACUAAUAGCUGCUGCUUAUAAGAUUUCAGUUUGUUGAAAUGAGCAGUCGUAAAUCGAAGAGUAACAGUUUAAUACAUGCAGAGUACAUUUCACAGGUACAAAGAAUUUUACGUGAAAGAUUUUGUCAUCAGAGUUCACAUAGCAACCUGUUUGGAGUACAAGUACAAUAUAAACACCUAAUCGAGCUGCUGAAGAGAACUGCUUUCCAUGGAGAAAGUAACUCUGUUCUCAUUAUUGGACCCCGUGGAUCAGGAAAGACUAUGUUAAUAAACCAUGCUCUGAAAGAACUAAUGGAGAUAGAAGAUAUGAGCGAAAAUGUAUUACAAGUUCACCUAAAUGGACUGCUGCAGACCAACGAUAAAAUAGCCCUAAAGGAAAUCACAAAGCAGUUAAAUCUGGAAAACGUAGUUGGUGAUAGAGAUUUUGGAAGCUUUGCUGAAAACCUUUCAUUCAUUCUGGAAGCUCUAAAAAAAGGUGACCGAUCGAGUAGUUGUCCAGUGAUCUUCAUAUUAGAUGAGUUUGAUCUUUUUGCUCAUCAUAGAAACCAAACACUCCUCUAUAAUCUUUUUGACAUUUCUCAGUCUGCACAAACUCCAGUAGCAGUUAUUGGUCUUACAUGUAGAUUGGAUAUUUUGGAACUCUUAGAAAAAAGAGUGAAGUCACGAUUUUCUCAUCGGCAGAUACACUUAGUGAAUUCAUUUGGUUUUCCACAGUAUCUUAAAAUAUUUAAAGAACAAUUAUCUCUGCCUGCAGAAUUUCCAGAUAAGCUUUUUGCUGACAAGUGGAAUGAGAAUGUUCAGUGUCUCUCUGAAGAUACAAGUGUGCGAGAAGUACUGCAGAAGCAUUUCAACGUCAGUAAAAACUUGCGGUCAUUACACAUGCUAUUGAUGCUUGCUUUAAGUCACAUAACAACAUCACACCCAUUUGUGACUGCAGCAGAUCUGAUGGAGGCACACCAGCUGUGUAGCAUGGACUCUAAAGCAAAUAUUGUACAUGGUCUGUCAGUCUUGGAAAUCUGCCUUAUAAUAGCAAUGAAACAUUUAAAUGACAUCUACGAAGAGGAGCCCUUUAAUUUUCAAAUGGUCUAUAAUGAGUUUCAGAAGUUUGUUCAAAGGAAGGCCCAUUCUGUGUAUAAUUUUGAGAAACCUGUUGUCAUGAAGGCUUUUGAACACUUACAACAAUUAGAAUUAAUAAGGCCCAUGGAAAGAACGUCAGUAAAUGCACAGAGAGAGUACCAGCUGAUGAAACUACUUUUGGAUAACACUCAGAUUAUGAAUGCUUUGCAGAAAUAUCCCAACUGUCCCACAGACGUUAGGCAGUGGGCAACGUCCUCGCUAAGCUGGUUGUGAAUAUGACCACUGGCCUCAGUUAUGGAGUUCCAGGCAAGCUUCUCUAAAGAACUAGAAGCUAUUGUCCUUUAAUGACAUAUGUCAUGGCAUUUUCUUAUAUUUAUAGACAAUUACUUUUGUAUUUAUGGGGGAGUGUUACACAUGUAGUAUAUUCUUAAAGGCAAGUCUGUGCCAUGCCUUUAAAUUGUGAGCAGUUACAUGCUUUAUAAUCCCAGUAAUUUAGACUGUGUUGUAAGAAGUUCAAAAAAAUAAAUGUGACUAUUUUAUAGGAAUUAACCAUAUACUUAUUAACAGUUGUGAAGCAUUUGUGUAUUACAUUUGAAAUGUUCAUCUGGCCCAGCAGUUUUUAUAAACUUUAAACAAAGCAGUAAAGAAACAAAGGUAGGAGUUGAGAUGUAAGAAGUAAUCUUUAGGCACAGUGGGAAGUGCUGUAUUUUUUUCCUGUACCCUGCAAGGAAUUUUGGAUUCCAUGCCAGACCCAGGUCUUCUAGUUCAGAAAACUGGCCAGUUUGGCUAAAGAUGGUUUACAUGGAAGAAAAGAUGAAAAGUUUGGACAUUUUUUCCCAGACUUCUCAAAAUGUGGCACUUGUACUAUCUACAGAAGAAUCCCUUGACAGACUUUUAAAAAAUGCAGAUUCUUGGGCAUAUUCUAUCCAAAAGCAUCAGAAUUUGUCCAUUUUUUUAACAGGUACUUUAGGAAAUUCCUGGAAAACCACUCCCACAAAUGAGGGGAAAUGUUUGUCAGUGUUAACUUAAACAAUUUAUAUCUAAAAGUAGAUCCCUAAGAGAAAUGUGGAAACAGCCAAAGGAUCAGCUUAUAAAUUCAGGAAUCUGUAAACUAAUACAGCUAUAUGUUUAAAGUGAAACUUAGUAUAAGCAUUCGUUAAGUGUCAGUGACUUCAUUUAUUCGUUUGAUCACCUAUUGUUUUCAUGGGAGAUUUACAGAAGGCAGUGUCCCCAAUGUCAUUCAGUUUAUUGUAGUCAUACCUCAGUACUCGUGGGCUUCAGAACUGAUCGAAUCUUGUACUCACAUUUUGAUGAGAGAAAAAAUGUUUCAGCAUUCGGCGCUUGCUCAGGACUCAUCGCACUUGCUAGAGCUUGUAUGAGUCACAGCACCACCCCACAAGAGAAGAUGCUUCAUCACUCAUCACUUGAAAAAUUUCGUUCGGUGCUGGUUGGUUUCAGCACGUCACAAGUUCUGGAACAAAUGACGACGAGUACCAGGGUAUCACUUGUACUGGUGACUGUCAAAGGCCAUUAUGAUUUUCAUACUGUUGUUUACAGAUGGGACGACUAACAUAGUAGGGAAGUGUCCGGAAUCACACAGGCAGAAAAUGAGAGAGCAUGGUUCAAAUCAGGUUUGUGUGACACCAAAGCCCCACUACUAAGACUUGAAGUUCAGUAAUGGUGCCUUAUGUUUAAAGAAUGCUCCAAGAAAUUUAUCUGGUUUUUAAGGAGUCUUAGGUGUGGAAUAGAAGUCACUGUGCAUAAAAGUAGCUCUUCAGUACACAACCUAUUGUUUUGAAUGAAUCGCCGCUCCCUGCCCUGAGUCUUCAGAUCACUGUCAUUUGCUUUCUGCAGUCUCAUUAAAUCUAAGGCUUGUGUACUUGUUCUAUGCAAUACUCAAAAGAUUUCUAGGAAGUAUUCUGCCAAAAUAUUUAACAUGGUAGUAUCACUAUUAGUAGAAGCAAGGAUUUUACUCUUGAGCUAAAGUGUCCCUUGACUGUAGAAGUACCUAAAGAACUGACUUGAGGAUUACAAAUUUUUGUUAGGUGAAGAUGCCACUAAAAGGCUGGGAGCCUUCAUCUGCCUCCGUAGUAUAUAGGAGCUAUGUCCAGAUCCAUCAUUAUCCAGAUAUACAGAUUAAAAAACUAAGUAGCAAGGUGGGUUUUCACAUUCAGUGAAACAGAAAGCAAAUUAGAAAAAGAAAUAAGUUAGCAAAAAUUGUACAGAUAAGUGUAUGUCUACAUUCCAAAGUCAUUUUUUGAGGAGAGGAAAUAUAUCAGCUUUCCUCUUUGCAUACUCCCUAAUACAAAGAGGUUAAGGUGUACUUAGAAAACUUUCAGACUACAUCUAUUAAAUUCUUAAACUAUCAUUAACAAAAUAAAAACUGAAUCUGAAAAGCCCUAGUAAAAAAACUUUAGAGAAUAAUGUAAAUAAACAUUGUUGAAAGGUAUUUCCUUCAUUUACGAGAGGAGGAAUGUAGCCUUUGAACAGCAUGAUCAAAAACCAGUGGGAGUAUCUGAGGCACUGUGUUCUGGUGUGUCCUCAGUUUGGGUCAGAAGAGCCAGGUGGGACAACAGUGUUAUAGAAUUCAGCGGAAUUUUUACUCAUGUGAUCCCCCAGGUGCCCUACCCAAAAACAGGAAUUUAUUUAAAAAAAAAAAACAAAACACCUUAAACUUUCUAAUUCCUGUGCACAUGCAUGUGCACAAUUCUGAGGAAUAAACCUAUUUUCCAGACUGACUGCACCAUAACACUAUAUGUUGAGUGUAUACCGUAUUAACUUCCUGAAGAAUCUGUUUUACAGACUGGAAAAGGAUUCCAGUCUUUCUGUGGAUUCCAUGCAGAUUCCACCAUAGUUUAUAUUUUCAUCUGAUUGAGAAGACAAUGCAAAUUAUUUCAAGUCACCAUAACCUAACUGUUGUCCCUUCCUUCACCUUUACCCUAAAAAAGUUAAGAAUCCAUUGGUGUGAACAGUGACACUCCAGGUGACAAUGCAGGGCGUUUCCACUCCUUUCUUCAAAAGCUACCAUAUAAACAAAACCUCUGUAACAUUAAAAAUGUGAAUGGAAGCUAGCUUUCUCUUAUUGUUACCCUACAUGAAAAUACCAGAAUUUUUCCAUCUAAUUGGUAAACGGGUUGCAAAUUGGUAAUCCAGUUUAUAUCUUUGAUGAUUAGUUCCUAAGCCACAUGCUUCCUAUUUUGACGUGAAAAGACAACUGAUGCUGUGUAGCCUCUGGCUCCCUAAAACUGGCAGGACAAAUGUAAAUACUUUAGUGACAACCUGCUUAGACAACAUAGGAAAAUGUCACAACUGACAAGUCUCCCUUUUCACCAUUAUCCCCGCUGCAAAUCUCAAGGUACAAGCCUCACUGCAAAUCACAAAGUUACUAUUCCCCUUAAAGAACAGAUAGCUAAAGAAAAAACUGCAUAUGCAAAUCAUACCAUAUUCAUUUUUUUUUAUUUAACUUGGGGAUGGAAUGGGGGUAGCAUACAUUUUAUUUGUACAAUAUUUAACAAUCACUUAUCCAAGGUGGGGUUUUAUGGGGCUUAUUUUUUUUUUUUAGCUUUUUGUUAAAUACUUGCAGAAAAAAUAGCAAGUACAAUUUGACAGUAGUACAACAACCUGUGUCCAAAACACUGACAAAAAAUACAGAGUAAAGCUAAAAUAAUUGCUUUCCAAUAUUUUGAGAGGUAACAAAUAGUAUAUGGGUUGAGACUGCAUAAAAAAUGUACUGCUGGUUGGAUAUCUGAGGUAAAUGAUGUUCAAUCAAGAUGCUACUUGUAUCAUUUUGCCCAUAUUAUCAAUAAGUAAUUUUAUGCACAUUAUACCAAAUGUUCCUAAAAAGUAACUUAGAAAGGUAAAAAAGAGAAACUGGAAAAUAUCUGUGGUGAAGCAGUUGUUUUAAACAGUAAUUAGUUUAUUCCACCAAACUACAAUUUCACCUGGCCAGGGUUUUCUCCCCUACCGCCUGCAUUUUACCUGUGGGGUAAGGGUGAGGAAAGGGGAAAGAGAUUCUUUUUUAAUUUAAUGAUAGAUGAUUCUACUUUAAAUUCCAAAUUUGGUGGUGUUUCCUGAUUGUAUUUUCAAAAACAUCACCAUGGAAAAAAAAUAGUUCAUGGGACCAACAAUUGUGAGGCACAGUCUCUGUUCUAGAAUUCACAAGGUACCUGUAAUAAACAUUCAAACAAGAAUCACACAUCACAUGCUAAAAACUUCCUAGCAUCUGAAAUACACACAAGAGUUGUCAGGGCAUAGACUUCGAGUAAAGCCAAACACUGGUUAAUCCGUCAUUAGUCCUAUGGCAGUUGAUCAUAAAGCAUUCCUUAGACGGAGAUCUGGGCAAGGUAAAGUGUGAGAGCAGCAGUUCCAACAGGUAUCAGAAAGGCAAAAUACAAGACGAAUCAUAAGAAGCACCAUACACAUGAGGAAAAAAUUAUUGGGGUUUCAGUUCACCCCAAAACAAAGUCAUAUUUUUCUCAUUCUUUGAUCUUUCUUUUUUUUUUUAGUAUUCCUAGCUCAAACUUUUGUUAACUUGCCCACUCUGCACCUACUGUAAACAAACAUAAAAAUGCCCUGCAAAAGAAAGUUUUAACAAGACUGGGUAUCAGGACAGGUAGUCACUGGAACAUUCUUAUUUAACUUCUUAAGAAAAGUGUUUUUCUAUUAAUAUAGUUCUCAGAGGGAUACAAGUUUUAAAAUUUGUUACUUAAAGUACAAUACCCAGAUUUCUGAACAUUUUUUUCUAACAUGGAGAAAAAUUUAUCUUGUGAAUAACUGGUCUUAUAAAAUUUAUCUCUAGUGCUCACGGAAGCCAAAUAGCCGUAAUAUUCCUUUUGUUUGGAUUGGAUUUUUUAACCUUUUAAAAUGAAGAUUAAAUGUUUAAAAUAGGUAUAAAUGUCUUCAGAUGAUAAUUUCUGUGAACUAUUCUCAUUAUUUUACUUUCUUGAUUAGUUUCAAAGUGGAAGCAAAAUAAAAUCAAGAAAUUGA